AUGUGGGCCAGCCACCGGUGCCUCAAACGUCGAAUCCCUGAUGAACGAUCUGAUGAGGAAGGACGGCCAGCCACCGGUGCCUCAAACGUCGAUCGACGCCAUGCCGACUGUGGAGAUAAAAGAUUGAAGAAGGAAGAAGAUCGUGAAGAACAGCAGCGUGCAACAAUUCAGUCGACAAUGGAAGCCAGCUCCGACCUUCCUCUAUUCUUCGAAAUUAUGAACGAUGGCGAUGAUGAUCUUGGGUACAAAGAAGAUUGUUGA